CAACUUCCGGCGUGAGCGGCGAAAGCCGGGAGGGCGAGCACGGGAGGGAGCAGGCAGCAGGCAGCAGGCAGACCGGCGGGCGGACGGACGGGCGGCACGGAGGGAAGGAACGAGCAAGCAGUGAGAAAGCCAGCGAGGGCGGCCGGGUCCCGAGGGAAGCCGAGAUUCCUCAGGUCCCUCUGGCCCCCUCCCCGGAGCCCACAACGCCUCCGGUCUCCAGCGGAGCGGACACGGCCCGGUCCGGCCAUGGCCUCGUUGCUGAAGGUGGAUCAGGAAGUGAAGCUCAAGGUUGAUUCUUUCAGAGAGCGAAUCACAAGUGAGGCGGAAGACUUGGUGGCAAAUUUUUUCCCAAAGAAAUUGUUAGAACUUGAUAGUUUUUUGAAGGAACCAAUCCUAAACAUCCAUGACCUAACUCAGAUCCACUCAGACAUGAAUCUCCCUGUCCCUGACCCCAUUCUUCUCACCAAUAGCCACGAUGGCCUGGAUGGUCCCACUUAUAAGAAACGAAGGUUGGAUGAAUGUGAAGAGGCCUUCCAAGGAACCAAGGUGUUUGUGAUGCCCAAUGGGAUGCUAAAGAGCAACCAGCAGCUGGUGGACAUUAUUGAGAAAGUAAAACCUGAGAUCCGGCUGCUGAUUGAGAAAUGUAACACGGUCAAAAUGUGGGUACAGCUCUUGAUUCCCAGGAUAGAAGAUGGGAACAACUUUGGGGUAUCUAUUCAGGAAGAAACAGUUGCAGAGCUAAGAACUGUUGAGAGUGAAGCUGCAUCUUAUCUGGACCAGAUUUCUAGAUAUUAUAUUACAAGAGCCAAAUUGGUUUCUAAAAUAGCUAAAUAUCCCCAUGUGGAGGACUAUCGCCGUACAGUGACAGAGAUUGAUGAAAAAGAAUACAUCAGCCUUCGGCUCAUCAUAUCAGAGCUGAGGAAUCAGUAUGUAACUCUACAUGACAUGAUCCUGAAAAACAUUGAGAAGAUCAAACGGCCCCGGAGCAGUAAUGCAGAGACACUGUACUGAGGCCAGGGCCAGGGCCAGGGCCAGGGGACUCUGUGAGUCUGGCUCAAGACCGACAUUGCCUUGGUUUGUUACAUGACUAUCGUGAUGGGGAAACUGGCUGGAAAUAGUAAUCACACCUCUCUGUUUUUAGUUAGAGUCUAAUGAAACUCUCAUCUAGUUCUGUGAUGUGUUACCUCUUUUUUCAGGCCUCAGGAACUCUGUCUUCUUCCCUAAUACCCCAUACUCAGCCUGCCCUGAUUUCUGGAGAAUUCCAGAUUUGUGUGUGCAGGAUAUUGGCACAAGAAUACUUGUGUUUUCUCUCUCCCCUUCUCUCCUCCUGUGUCUUAGGCUUUGUUUUUUCUUCCUUUUGAUGAUUGGUUGUUUAAAAGCUGAGGUUGCUAUAGGGAAAGUGCUAGAUGUUUUUUUUAGAAACUGGGGUGGUGGAGAUGGGAGAGACAUCUUGCUUCCUGUCAGGCUGUGUCUCUUGCUUCUGUAUGGGACAUUGGGUGGUCCUCCCUGCCCCAUUUUUCCUGGUGAUGACUUAGGGUUUCCUAUCUAUAUUCCUCCUACCUUGAACCUGAUCUAAUAAGGAAUAUGUAAGGCCUUCAGCCAUGUUCCUAAUUGAUUCUAUAACUGGGGUUGUCCCAAACACAUGUGUAUACAUAUACACACAUAUGGAUAUGAGUAUACAUUUUCCCACUCCAUUACCUAACCUAUCCUCUUCCUUCACCACCACUCCCAUCUGUCACACAGACAACUUUCAGCUGUCUUAAUGUCAUCCACCCAGGCAAAAGUCCUGGGCUUAUCCUUCCUCCUGAUAUUGUAGCCACUUGGUGUCCACGGCAGGUUGAAGGAGAACCAAGAGCUGAGAAGCAGAGGACUGGGGAAGACCUUUUCCUCUGAGACUCAAGUUAUUUUUGGUGUUAUGUAAAAGCUGGUUCUCUGACUCCUGCUUGCUUUCUUCCAGGGUAGGUGUACAUGGGGGUGAGGUGUCUGCAGCUGUGAGGUCCAGAUGCUGCCGCUCCUGUUGGGCUUUCCCUUUGGGAAAUAUUUCUCUUAUUUAUAGUAUUGUGCUUCCAGGGAAAGCAGUAAUUAGUGUGUAUAUGUAUGUGCAUGCACAUACACACGUGCACGCGUGUGUAUAUGUGUGUAAAUAUGAGCAGGUCCAAACUAUAGAAUUGCCUCUUGAAUCUUCCAGAAAUAUCAUUUAUUGUUACAACUUUUAUGUUAAUCCUUCAGCUUUUUUAUUCUCCCCCCUCUCAAGAGUUGAUAUCUGUAGUCAGCCUACCAGUGACUCAGUGUCUACUUCUGACUUUUACUCUGCCCCACAUCUGUCUUCCACCCCUGAUCAUAUUUCCACCCAGGAUGCAUCAGUUUUGCUCCCAGUAUUCUGUAGAAAAGGAGUCUGGAUGCUUUCUUCCCAUGAAUAUGCUCAGUAACAAACCAAUAGCAUUUUAGUUGAGCGGAACCCCUCACCCACCCUCCAGCCCCAACUAAAUCCCUUCCCUCCUCCCACCAUGUGUUUCUCCAUCUCCCUUUUGGUUUGAUUGUUCUACUGCCCCCCUUCGCCCUACCACCCUUGGAUCGUAAUGUAAAAUUCUUUUACAAUGUCAAGAAAUUAUUAAAAAUACAGGUACUUUGACCUCUUUCUAAAGCUGUAGACCCUGGUGCCAUGCUGUGGUGGCUAGGGACAUACUGAUGUGUGCAUGCAUUCUUGGAUACCACCUCCACAGACACAUGUAGCCACCCAAUUGUGUAUUCUUUUGCCAAGUGAGCUGCCUCUUGUCUCUGGGAUAAGGAAAGACAGGCUUCUGCUGAGAAAGAGGAGAGGGUGAGUCCUUUGGUUGUGUUCAGUCUGAACUAAUAGGAAAGUUAGCUCUUCCAAACCUAAGCUGCCUUCUGUCCUCCCUGCACAAGAUCCGUUUCUUCCUCAGUGAUACCCAUGAGCUGCCAGUAGAGGCUGCUGUAGUUCCAUGUGAAGAAUUACUUGUUCAACAUGUACCCUACCUAGUCAUUUUCUUUACCUUAUAUUAAUUCUCCUCUCUGAAUAAUGUCUUAAAUUUCUUGAGGAGACUCCUGGUUUUGGUUUCAAAUUACUUGGAGGGCUGCCUAGGAUUCUUAUCUCCUCUGAAAUAAAAGUUUCCUCAACUUUC